GAACCACCACCAUCACCAUCACCAACAACAACAACAACAACAAGUAGUGUGUCACCCCAACCACCACCACAAUAUUCUUUGCCUUUUUGUACAUUUUGCUUCGUGUUCAUUUCCUCCUCCACCAAUCCGAAUUUCAUCAGGAUCCAACCAGAAUUCCGGAAAUCCGCUUUGUUUUUUACUACUAAUCGUUAUUAUUAUUAGAUCGUUGACAUUCAUUAUAUUCAAGUGUAUACGUUACAUGUUUUGAGGUGGGAAAUUAUUGUUAAAUGAUUUUUCCCUGUGAUAUUUUGUUUUUUAUUUCAUUUAAAAAUUUGGCAAUGACAUUUUUCGACAUAGAAACUUGAAAAAAAAAUUCAAAUUGACAUUUUUAAUUUGAGUGUUGUAUUGUUGUCGAUUGAAUCGCCUGAAUCGUCAUCAUCGAUUGAUUAUUAAUUGAAUUUUUGAUAUUUUGUGUAUUUUGUGAUAAUUAAACAUUGGUCAAUGAUCAAUCAAUCAAAAAAAAAAAAAAAAUGACACGACAAACCAGACAAGAAAAAAUACGUACCUUGGUAAAGGAAAAUUUAUUACCAUUAUGUACCUGUUUUGGUGUUAUAGCUGCCAUCAUUAUAGGAAUUAUUGUACGUGCUAGUUCUACACAUCGAUGGACUGAACGUCAAUUAAUGUAUUUAGAAUUUCCUGGUGAACUUUUUCUUCGUGCACUCAAAUGUUUAACCAUACCGUUGAUUGUAUCCAGUUUGGUUUCGGCACUUGGUUCAUUGGAUUCAAAAAUUUCUGGUAAAAUCGGUAAACGUGCAUUAAUAUAUUAUGGUGGUACAACUGCCAUAGCAAUUUCUUUGGGCAUCUUUCUUGUACUUACAUUACAUCCUGGUUCUGGUAAAGUGGAACAAGCCACCAUUGGUGAAGCACCAACAAUAUCACGUAAGAUUACCACACCGGAUACUGUUUUAGAUCUGAUCAGAAAUCUGAUUCCGGACAAUGUGGUACAAACAACUUUCUCACAAUAUGCUACCAAUUUGGUUGCACCAAAAUCAAUGCCAAAUGAAACCGAUUUGAGUAAAUGGAACAUUAAAUCCAGUCAUUCGAAUGGUAUCAAUGUUCUUGGCCUGGUCACAUUGUCUGUAGUAUCUGGAAUAUUUGUUGGUAAAUUGGCUCGAUUAGGACGACCAUUACUGUUAGACAUUUUCAAUGAUCUUAGUGAAAUGACAUUACAGGUGACAAAUCAGGUGAUCAAAGCUACACCGAUUGGUGUUGCUUUUCUUAUUCUACCUCGUAUUAUUGCCGUUGAAGAUGCUGGACAGUUAUUUCGUUCGGUUGGUUUUUUCACCUUUACCGUUAUAUUGGGCAUAUUGGUACAUGGAUUGCUCAUACUACCAGGAAUAUAUUAUUUGAUAGUCCGUAAAAAUCCUUAUAGAUUUGUUUUGAAUCAAGGUGAAGCAUUGUUGACAGCAUUCGGUACAGCAUCCAGUACGGCAACAUUACCAUCAAGUAUAGCAUGUUUGGAAGAGAAGAAUAAAAUAAAUCGUAAUGUAGUUCGUUUUGUCGCUCCAAUUGGAGCGACAAUCAAUAUGGAUGGUACAGCUCUUUAUGAAGCGGUGGCAGCCAUAUUUAUUGCUCAAUCACGUGAAGUUGACAUGGAUUUUGCCCGUGUUCUCAUUGUAAGCAUAACGGCUACAGCAGCUUCAGUUGGUGCAGCUGGCAUACCACAGGCUGGCCUUAUUACAAUGGUGAUCGUAUUGAAUGCAUUAGGAUUGCCUCCAGAGGAUAUUUCAUUAGUUUUUAUCAUUGAUUGGCUAGUCGAUCGUAUUCGUACGCCCAUUAAUGUUUUGGGCGAUGCUUUUGGUUCAGCUAUUGUUGAACAUUUAAGCCGUGAUGAUUUACAUACAUUGGAACAACAACAACAACAACAAAAUCAACACCAACAUCAACAACAGAUGAAUACAGCAACAACAAAAACAAAUGGAGCAAAUCAACAUACAUUACCAACAUUGGUUAUACAGAAACCAUCACCAACCAAUGAUUAUUCUAAUCAAGCAUUCGAUGCAGAAUUUGAUGAAAAACUUUAAUUACGAUUAUUAUUGCCAAAACACGAUUGUUGUAAACUUAUUCCAUGGAAAAUCAGACUAUCACACAUCUCAUCUCAUCAUCACAUCAUCAGCACAACAAUAUUAUUAUUUUUUUUAUCCAUCUAAAACACUGAAUAUCAUAUUGUUCAAAAAUAACGUACUCACACAGAAUCAGAAUCAUUUUUUUUUUGAUAAAUAAAAUUCUAUAUAUUUCAAGAAUAAUAA